CGAAGCCCCGCCCCGCCUCCGUGACCCGGCUCGGGCCUUAUAGCGGGCGGCGCGGCGCGGCGCGGGGCGGGUGGGCAGCGAUGGCGGUGGGACUGCGCGGGCUCGUGGCGCUCCUCGUCGUCAGCGGCGUCCUCGCCGGCGCCGCGGGGACAAGUCCAAACGUCAUAGCUCUUGUAACUGUCAGUUCUGGCAAGCUGAUCCUCUCCUGUAACGUGACUACGCCUUACGCUUCCAUCGAGGGCCAUGAAUGGAUGAGUGGAGACAAGAUACUUCAAGCGGACACGGAAUCGAAUGCUUUCACCAGUUACAUGAUUGAGGGGAAGAUGGAAGAGCACUCUGGAGUGUAUGACUGUAUCUACAAAACAAACCCAGUGAUAAGAGCACAAGUGAAUAUAUCUGUUCCACCCCAAGUGGUGGCAUACAAGAAGUCUGAGCAUGGGAAUGAGGGAGACACAGGAGUGCUGACCUGCAAGAGUUCCUCUUUCCCCCCUGUCGGUUCUUGGGUCUGGUACAAAAAUGGUCAAGAGCCAAUCAUCAAUGGUUCUGGUCGAUUCAUUAUCAAGUCCAGUAGCAACAAAACAGAGUUACGCAUUCUUAAACUGAGCAUAGAGGAGGAUACAGGCGACUACCACUGCAAUGCCACCAACUCCUUUGGCUUUGGCGGGUCUACAGUGAACCUGCGCGUACGCAGCCGUCUGGCAGCACUCUGGCCCUUCUUGGGUAUUGUCGCAGAAGUCCUGGUUCUUGUCACGAUCAUCUUUAUCUAUGAGAAGAGGAGGAAGCCAGAUGAGGUUCUUGAUGAUGAUGAUGGAGGUUCUGCACCACUGAAAAGUAAUGCCACAAACCACAAGGACAAGAAUGUCCGCCAGAGAAAUGCUAACUAAGAGCAGGGGCCAGGUGAUGAGUAGCUGAAGAACUUGUCUGGACAUUUUUUUCUUCUAAUUUUUUUUGGUAAAAUAGCACCAUGAAUAUCCUAGUGCAUCCUUGCAAUUCAGUUAUUUCACUUUCUAAAGAAACUUAAGUUGUAGAAUCUAAAAUACACUUUUUUUUUUUAAAAAAAAAAAAAAAGGAGUUGUGGGAGGGUUUUUCUACCUAUAAAUAUAAAUCCCUUGUUGCUGGUAGUCUUGGUCACUGGCUGUCUCUGUCCUAGGUUUCUUCAUGUUGGUAUAGAGGGUGUGGGUGGGAUCAAAACCUACUUCUGUUCCUUACCUAUGGGAAGAACAGGGUAUGUUGGGUAGGGCUAUUUUGAAAUGCCCUCCUAGCCCCACCUCAGCUUUUAAGAGGCCACACAAGGAGCUAAGGAGAGCUGACACUGAGCAUGGAAGUGAAAUGUGCACGGCUGCUCGUGUGCCAUUCUGUUGGAGGUGGCUGGUAUGACCUGUGUUCCCAGUAGAUCUAUUGUCCUGUUUUGUAUGGGUCAGGAAGAAACUGCUUUGGUAACCUUUUGGAAGUGACCUGACCUGACUGAAGGCAUUAAGAAGUUUGUCUUUCCCAGUGCAUCACCUGGAGCAAGGCCACAUCUUUCCCUAGCUUUGAGGCAGGGUGUGCUCCUGUGAGCCAUUCAUGCAGGGCCACCACGCAUGUCCGUCUGUGGCUCCUUGGGGAAGAGUGACAGAACCACUCAUUGCUCAGUGUGUAGGAAACCACCCUGGACUCGCAAACACAGUGCCAUGCUACUUCAGGCAAGCAUCCCGGUCAGCUCCCUCCAGAGCUGCUCUUGUUGCCCUCUUAAAUAAACAACCAGGAGGCAGUGUUAGAGCUGGAAACUGACUAAAUAUGAUUAGUGUUAACUUAUUUCAUGGGGUUUUGUUAGUAUCUCUUCUAAAGUUGCUACAGUGGGGGAUAGGGGCAGAGUGUUGGAGUGAACACUGGGGCUGUGGUGCUUUGGGGAGCAGCUUAACAGCAUGUAUUCUUGUGCUUAAGCCAUCUUGAUGUUUGUGUGACAUAGGAGCCUGAAAGCAGACAAAUGCUCAGUGGAGUCUGUAUUAUCCUUAUUGUUGGGUAGCAUUGAACUAUUCCAUCUGUUAACAUACUUCACAAAUAAAGAUGAUUCCUCUCUUUUU